CCAGUCUCGAUCAUCUUGCUCCAUCGACCCGUCUCCAUCGGCUCGCUCCCAUCGAGCUGUCUCUGCCUGUUUGUCUCCAGCAGCGUCUCCCCACAUGGCCGAUAUCGAAGACAUCGAAGAGCUCACCCUUCCAUCCGACGACCCGACGUCGGCCGCAAACCGCAAAUCCGUCCACCAGGUCGCCGUCAGGUCGUUCACCCGGCGCUCGGCCACAAACCACAGUUCCGCCCCAGCAGAGCCCCAGCCCGAGCCUAUCGUCGGAUCUGGUGCUGGCUCUCGAGACUCGUGCACCCCGUUUCUGCCGGGGACGGCCACGGUCUGGGUCAAAACCUGGGGUUGCGGCCACAACAACUCGGAUGGCGAAUACAUGGCUGGCAUGCUGGCUGCCCAAGGAUACCGGAUCGUGCUCGAAGACUCAAAGCGCGGCGAGGCCGACCUGUGGCUUCUGAACUCUUGCACCGUCAAGGGCCCGUCCGAGCAGACCUUUGUCAACGAAAUCAACCGCGGGAAGGACAGCGGCAAGAAGGUUGUCGUCGCAGGCUGCGUGCCUCAGGGCAACCCGAGCGGCGCCGCUUGGGAGGGACUGAGCGUCAUUGGAGUCCAGCAGAUCGAUCGGGUCGUUGAAGUCGUCGAAGAAACGCUCAAGGGCGGCAGCGUGCGGCUGCUCAAGGAGAAGAAGGACGAGACAUCCAAGCGGAAAGCCGGCGGAGCGAAGCUGGACUUGCCCAAGGUUCGCAAGAACCCAUACAUCGAGAUCAUCCCGAUCAACACGGGAUGCCUGAACCAAUGCACAUACUGCAAAACCAAGCAUGCCCGCGGCGACCUCGGAUCCUAUGCACCCGAGGAGAUUGUCGAGCGAGUCAAGACCGUGCUGUCCGAGGGCGUCAUGGAGAUCUGGCUGACUUCGGAGGACACUGGUGCCUACGGCCGCGACAUUGGCACCGACAUUGUCGAGCUGCUCUGGGGCAUCGUCGAUGCGAUGGAGGAACAUCCGAACCAGACGGCAAUGCUGCGCGUCGGCAUGACCAACCCGCCGUACAUCCUGGAGCAUCUGCCCGAGGUCGCCAAGGUUCUCAGCCACCCGCGAGUUUACUCGUUCCUGCAUGUUCCCGUUCAGUCGGGGUCUGACAAGGUCCUGGACGACAUGAGACGGCUCUACACCGUCCACGACUUUCGACAGGUCUGCCAUAUUCUGCGGGAGCGAGUGCCCGACGUCACCAUUGCCACAGACAUUAUCUGCGGGUUUCCGACAGAGUCCGAGCAGGAUUGGCAGCAGACGAUGGACUUGUUGCGCGAGUACAACUUUUCGGUUCUGCACAUAUCCCAGUUCUACCCUCGUCCGGGUACCCCUGCAGCCCGCAUGACACGCAUCCGGACCGACAUUGUCAAGGCUCGCAGCCGAGAGGCCACGGCAUACUUCAACUCGUAUCCCAACUACGGCGACAAGCUCGGCAGCAUUCGCAAGGUUCUUGCGACGGAACUGAGUGCCGACGGCGUCCACUUUGUCAGUCACGACAAGUCCUAUGCACAGAUCCUGGUGCCCAACGAUCCACGGCUGAUGGGUCGGUCGUUCGAGGUGCGCAUCACCCAGGUGGGCAAGUUCUACAUGAUCGGGCAAGUGUGCGAAGGCGAAUACGAGCGGCUUGAGCAAGAAGAUGCAGAGCUUCAGAAGCUGGACAGCUCGGGCCGAGUGGCGAUUGUCAACAAGAAAAAGACACCCAAGUUGGUGCGGAUGACUCGCAAGAUGGUCCGGCUCGAUCCCGGUCGAAGCGGCGAAGACUAUGGCGACGAGCAAGCGGACGACAGCGCCAUCGACGGAGCUGAGCUGAGUCUCGGAUCCCAAAGCACAGAGGUCCCGACCCAGUCCGAGCCAUUGCAAGACGUUGAGAGCCGGCGCUCGCUCUUGCGAUCGUCGGGGUCGCUUGCGGUGCUGGCAACGCCGAUGGGAGUCGGAUACUGGUCUCUGGUGUCAUUGGCCGGUCUCUGGGUCGUGUUUGGCCCAUCCUCGGUGCAGCGACAAGUGCGAUGGAGCGUGCGAACGGUGGGCAUUCUCGCUUGCGCCUGGACAGGGUGGGAGAUGCUGCUGGCGAUGAAACGGCAAAAGCGAUGAAGCGCCAAGAGCG